AUCUAGUAAAUUUUGGUGAGUGGUACUCUUUUCUUAAAGGAUGCCAAUCUAUUUAAAAUUGUUGUAUUAUCUGAAUCCUUUUGGUUAUAUGAUAAAGUUGAAUCUUAUCCACUUGUUGGAGCUUCCUUUACAUCCAAAAAUUCUAGAUUAGUCCCCCAGAUACGAUCAGAGUAGUCAAAUAUGAUUCUCCCUUGAUGUACCUCCAUGGAAAUAGUCAAUUUGAAACAAAGUUGUACUGGCAGAUCAUCAAAAACUUUUUAUGCAAUAGAAGGUAGACUAGACAGAAUAUAAUCAAAGAUGACGUAAAGAUUUGUUUGCAAGAUGCACAUUAUGCAUCUAGUUGGCACUCUAGACAAGAUGAACAUAGUUAGGAAUAAAAAUGUUUUAUUGGACCACAUGCAUUCUUUUGCACUCGACGUGAAAUCUAGCAACUCUUUACUCUGUGAGUUUCCAACACUGUUACUGAAUGUGAUACCUUUUUGUUGCAGGGACGAGGAAGCUAUGAAGAUCUCGUCUAAUUGUAGAUCUUGUGGAGUAUCGAUGAGCAGGAAGCAAGGGACAUACAACUAAUUGAUUCCAUUGCUGAGAGACAAGCUCAAAUAUUCUCCGAGGAGUGCAAAUUUUUCCCUGCUGAUGUUCAAAUUCAGUCCAUAUAUCCGUUGUCACUUGCAGGCCUGAUGUUUCUGAAUUGGAAAAAAAACUUUCUGAACAAUCAAAGAUACUCUUAAGUCUUCAACAGAAGGUUGACGAUUUGGCAUCAAAGUGUUAGAGUUAGAAAUGGCAGCGAGACAAAUGGAAGAGAUACAGAGGAAGCAGGUGAUGCUGAAUUACUCGAGAUUCAAUGCGCCUGCUCAGUCUCUCCUCUUCGCCGGCAUGGAACACUAUGCUCUUCUCGAAUGGCUGUUCUUCCGCUUGUUGGGGGACAAGUCACCCUUUUCCCAACAGAGUCUUCAAGGGGACGCCAUGGAUCGUGACGAAGAGACCGCUCGCAUCCAAUAUUUGGCAGAGAUUGCAAAGUUUUUGGGUAUUACUACUACUGUAGACACAGAAGCCAUCCAAGUUAGACGAGGAAGCUAUGAAGAUCGCGCUGAAAUGCUUCGUCUUAUUGUAGAUCUUGUGGAGGCGAGCAUUUAUGCUGAUAAUCAAGAAUGGAGAUCUGGUAUGAACUGUGAUUUCUGGAGUAUCGAUGAGCAGGUAGCAAAGGACAUACAACUAAUUGAUUCCAUUGCUGAGAGACAAGCUCAAAUAUUCUCCGAGUGCAAAUUAUUCCCUGCUGAUGUUCAAAUUCAGUCCAUAUAUCCGUUGCCUGAUGUUUCUGAAUUGGAAAAAAAGUUUUCAGAACAAUCAAAGAUACUCUUAAGUCUUCAACAGAAGGUUGACGAUUUGGCAUCAAAGCAUGCAUACGACCCAGAUGAGGAUUAUGCAGAGGUGGAGUCCAGAUUGUGUGCACAUCUGGAAUCUUUCCUAGAAACUACAAGAUCAUUCAAUACGAUUUACACUAAGGAAAUACGUCCCUGGACGCGCAUGAUGGAGGAACCCCAGCUCCAUGGGUUUGGGCCAGCUGCCAGUCACUUGUUAGAGGCAUACAAGAUGCUUUUGGAGUUCCUAGGGAACCUGAGGAAUCUUAGAGAUUCCCACGCAGCUUGUGCUGUCGGAUCAUCUGACUCAGUUGCGGGUGAGCCCUCGUCUGUCACGAGAAUAAUCUCUGAAUGUGAAUCUGCAUUGACAUUCUUAAAUCGUGACCUCGGAAUUCUCUUGGCUUCCAUUGCUCGCAAGCAAGGUGAGGAGGUGAAUUUAUAACAAAAUUAUUAUAGUCAUUGGGAGGACGGCCAUGAAUUCAGUCUCUUCCUCAUCUUCUGGGAAUGCAGAUGUAUGUUAUGAAAAUGUAGUUUAUUUGUGUUGCAUGAAAGCGAACGAAAUGUAAUAUCGAUUAUGAGUUCAUAUUGUCAACCAUGAUAGUCUUUUGUGUAUUGAUCCCUCUCCAUGUUCAUUUGACUAAGAGAGGAAUUUAUGGGAAGAAGAAAAUCAAAUGUUCCUUUUCAUUUUGA